CUGCCAGUUAACAGUUCGAGAACGAUGCUGCCUGUACUUUGGAAUAAGUCUGCCACCAACUCUGCAGGUCACUACCAUCGCCAUACUAUCGAAACUAGAAGCCAUAAUACCUGCUGGAAAUGUUAGGUCAUGGUGAGGUCAGGUGCCCGCGCCCUUGGAUCGGUCGGAAGCAUCCGCUGCGUUCCAUCUCCGAGCAGACAUCGCAGACAUCGCAGACAUCACAGACAUCACAGACAUCACUAGCAUCUCGGGAAUCGAUCUGCCACCCUCCAAUUCGUUGAGAUUGAAUCCCCGCUUCAUCAUGGCCCGCGCUGCAAUGAGCAAACUGUCCUGGGAGAGUCAUGUUCUUCGUCCCGUGCAGAACGCGCCCCCCGCCAUCAUCCCCACACUCAUCUACGGCACGGCUUGGAAGAAAGAUCAGUCCGCCGAUUUGGUGCAUCAGGCUCUCGGCGCUGGCUUCCGCGCCGUUGACACCGCAGCCCAACCCAAGCACUACCGGGAAGACUUGGUCGGAGGAGGCAUACGCAGGGCCCUCCAGGACGGUUACGUCCGACGCGAAGAUCUCCAUGUCCAAACCAAAUUUACGUCCGUCAAUGGCCAGAGCCCGGAUGAUAUGCCAUAUGACCCCAAGGCCUCGGUGACCGAGCAGGUCCAUGCAUCCAUCAGGUCAUCGCUGCAUAAUCUCCGGCCGUCCGAUACGCCUGACAGUACAAAUGAUGCAUAUAUCGACAUGCUCAUUCUGCAUUCCCCGCUACCGACGAUGUCCCAGACGCUGGAGGCCUGGUCGACUUUUGAGACGUAUGUGCCCCAUCAGAUCCGCAACUUGGGAAUAUCCAACACCAGUCUGUCCAUCCUCGAGGAGCUAUUCUCCCAUGCAACAGUGAAGCCCGCCGUGGUGCAGAACCGAUUCUAUGCCGACACAGAAUACGAUGUGCCCUUGCGGGCUUUCUGCCGGGAGAAUCAGAUCAUCUACCAAAGCUUCUGGACGCUGUCGGCCAACCCCGAAUUGGUGCGCUCAAAUGUCGUUCAGCUUCUCGCUCAUGAAGCAGACAUCUCGCCGGCCGCAGCUUUAUACUGUCUUGUUCUAGGCUUAGGAUAUACCACAGUGCUGGACGGCACGACCAAGCGGCCUCAUAUGGAGGCGGACCUGGCUGCGCUGCAGAAGAUUGAACAAUUUACGGAGGACCAGCCAGAACUAUGGCAGAGGAUCCUGGGACGAUUCCAGCAAUUGACUGGAGACCAUGAGGCGUGAUUUGCGAUCCUGCCUUUCCAACAGGUUGGAUGUUUUCUCUCUCAGUCACCUUGUACAGCAGUGCCUGGCUUGGUCCAGUACAUGGUUCCGGUGAAUGUAAAAAUUUGAAGCAGCAGAAAUCGAUAGAAGCACCUUGAAGCCUCUGGAAGUGAAACAAACUCUGGAUCAACACAGUUGAAGACGGAUCAAAUCGAGGCCGCAAAGAUUGAUGGGCGGUGAUUGGACAAUGGGAUAGUGGGGAGCUUUCCGUGCCAAAAAUUAAUUAGUAGGAUGUAGACUCCGCCGGCGGACUUAAUUGUAGCGGUCAACGGCGGGGGUUUCGGUGCAUUGGCUGUUUCGUUCACUGUAAGCAAGCGAGUGAGUUUGCACCCAACGUGAAUCGAGGCUUUAUUCCUUGAG